AUGGCCGAUCAGCGUCAGAGAAUUAUCGCUUCCGUUUUCUCCAGGCGCAACGCUGCUGGAAAUCUCGAGGAGACCUAUGUUUCUCAUGUCAAGAUAUGGGAAGAUGCUGCAAGUGAGGGCGGUGCCCAGAAGCCCCGAUAUAUUCUUCUCUCUCAGGCCAGCAAUGGAUCAGGUUUUUUGCAUAAAUCCAAGCUGAAUACCAAUGGCUCUUUCUCUGUCGGCAAAACCUGGCGUUUGGCUGAACUGCGUGCUAUCCAAGUAUUGAGUCCUUUUGUUUUCAAUAUCACUCUCUCGAGAACUUAUAAAUGGCGAACCGAAAGCAGAGAAGACCAAGCCAACUUCUUGGACGCUUUGGUUCGUCUCUUUCGAACAAUUACCAACGGACAAGUCCCCCUACAGUUAGAAGGUGUUCAGGACUUUGAUGUCUCGUCAGCUAGCCUGCCUUCUGUGUCCAGAAAUCCCAGAAUCGAUGAUAGGACACCAUCACCCUCCAAUUCAAGCAGGAUUCCUCGCACGCAACCCUCCAGAAAUGUUAUACAAACCGACUCUGUGGAUCUUAGAGUUCCAUCCCCAAUACAGCAAUCUCUGCCCCCGAAUGGGAAGGCAAUCCCUCGUUCAGCAUCGCCAGCAUCAUCUCUCCGAGAACAUCGACCCCCUUCCAUUGUUGUUCCACCCCCCACAGCGCCUUUGUCGACUCAGCGGUCCCGAAUACCCUCUAAUGCAACAACAGUGUCUAGUAAUCAACUUCCCUCUAAUCAGGACCAAAGCUCAUCGCGGUAA